CAAUACGGAAGGGAGAAACGCUUCUGAUUUUGGAAGUAUCCAAGGGAUGUACGACGAGACAGUGGAAGUGAAUGCAAGAGAGAUAGACAGUCCGCCGAGUUCUGACGAGGAAGCAGUGAAAGCAGCCAUGGCCAAGUUCAACCCGCCCGUGAGACACACGGCAAGGCACGAUUUUGAUUCCGAAAGCGAAAGCGAUUCGGGUCCUGAGAAGUUUGGAAAUCUCUCUGACGAAGACCAGUCCCCAGAAAGAAAACCAGAUCAAGAAACUUCUAUAAAACAGACAGCUAAAGGGAACAGUGAUUUGUCUAGACAGUCCAGCAAACGUCAUGAUUCUUCGAAUUCAGACACAGAUAGUGCGGAUGUGGGCGUAGAAGUCGCAGAUCCUUUAGUAGGUGGUGGCAGUGGGAGACGGAGGGGGGUUGUGAUUCCAGCGGAGGGUGCUUACGAUCCGAAACAGUAUCAGGACCUCAAAGUACCGCCGGAAUUGGAGAAUGUGUUCCAAUACAUUAUGAAGUACACGCCACAAAAGAUUGACAUAGAAUUCAAGCUACAGCCGUUCGUCCCGGAGUACGUGCCGGCGGUGGGUGACACGGACGCUUUCAUCAAAGUGACCACUCCGGCGACUGGUUUGCGCGGUGAGCCGCUCGCCGAAUAUGCCUUGGAACAUAUUGACAAUCUUGGUUUAACAGUUUUGGACGAGCCAGCUGCAGAGCAAAGCGACUCGGCUUUAUUACAUCUCCAGCUGCGAGCUAUUUCGAAAACCACAAGCGCAAAGUCUACUGUGUUAACAAGGAAGAUAGAUAAUGCAGAGAAGAACCCGAAGGCGAUCGAGCGCUGGGUCAAGGACGUGAGUGAAUUGCACUCUGCCAAACCGCCACCCACCUUCACCUACACGAGUAAGAUGCCUGAUAUAGACAACCUGAUGGAGGAAUGGCCAGACACUAUGGAGGAUACGUUGAAUGAGGUUGGCUUCCCUCCCGCCAACAUCGAUUGUUCACUAUCGCAAUACAUAGAUUUAGUCUGUGCUCUAUUUGACAUUCCGGUGCAAGGUGACACUCUCAAUGACAGGAUACAAGCUCUGCAUUUGUUGUUCAAUUUGUAUUCUGCUGUCAAAAAUUCACAGUUGUACGCUGAAAGGGAAAAGGAAAAAGAAGGAGUGGGAGGUUAAAAUAAAAUUAAAUGUAUACUGUUGGUUAUUAAUCUGUAUACAGUGAAAGUAUUAAUGGGUAUAUAUAUAUUUAUAAACAA